GCCGCCGCCGGGCAGCGCGGGGCCGGGCGCUUCCCAGGGCAGAGCUGCGCGGCUGUGCGCGCCCCGCGGAGGCAGCGCGGGGCCGGGCCAUGGCGCGGCUGUGGCUGUUGGUGCUGCUGGCCGGCGCGCUGGCCCCGGGCAGCGCCUUUAACCUGGACGUGGAGCACCCGGCCGUCUACUCGGGCCCCGAAGGCAGCUACUUCGGCUUCGCCGUGGACUUCUUCGCUCCCGACCCAUUCUCGAUGUUUCUUCUGGUGGGAGCUCCAAAAGCAAACACUACCCAGCACAACAUCGUAGAAGGAGGCCAGGUGCUCAAAUGUAACUGGAAUUCAAACAGAAACUGCCAGCCGAUUAUAUUUGACUCCACAGGCAACAGAGAUUUUGCUCCUGAUGAUCCACUGGAAUUUAAGUCUCAUCAGUGGUUUGGAGCCUCUGUGAGAUCCAAAAAUGAUAAAAUUCUGGCCUGUGCCCCGUUGUACCACUGGAGGACUGAAACAAAACAAGAGAGAGAGCCUGUAGGAACUUGUUACCUGCUUGCUGGAUCUAAAUCUGUGGAAUAUGCACCCUGCAGGUCAACCACUAUCGAUGCAGAUGGACAGGGAUUUUGUCAAGGUGGAUUUAGUAUUGACUUUACAAAGGGAGACAGAGUGCUACUUGGAGGACCCGGAAGUUUUUACUGGCAAGGCCAACUUAUUUCUGAUCGAGUGACAGAGAUUGUGGCUAAAUAUGACUCCAAAGUCUACAGUACAAAGUAUGAUGACCAGUUAGCAACCAGACCUGCCAGUGCUGCUUUUGAUGACAGCUACUUGGGUUAUUCGGUGGCUGUUGGAGACUUCAAUGGUGAUGGCAUAGAAGACUUUGUAUCAGGAGUCCCAAGAGCAGCAAGAACUCUGGGCAUGGUGUCUAUUUACAAUGGGAAAAACAUGUCUUCCAUGUACAACUUCACAGGAGAGCAGAUGGCUGCCUAUUUUGGGUAUUCGGUGGCUGCCACAGAUAUCAAUGGGGACAAUUAUACAGAUUUGUUUAUUGGAGCCCCUCUUUUUAUGGAUCGAGGUUCUGAUGGGAAACUUCAAGAGGUUGGCCAAGUUUCCAUUUGCCUUCAACGAGCCUCUGGAGGGUUUCACAUCACAAAGCUGAAUGGUUUUGAGAUAUUUGCAAGAUUCAGCAGUUCUAUUGCACCUCUGGGGGAUCUAGAUCAGGAUGGCUUCAAUGAUGUUGCAGUUGCUGCACCGUAUGGUGGAGAGGACAAGAGAGGACUUGUCUAUAUCUAUAAUGGAAGAGCAAAUGGUUUGAAUGCAGUCCCAUCUCAAAUUCUUGAAGGGCAGUGGGCCGCUCGCACCAUGCCACCCAGUUUUGGGUACUCGCUGAAAGGAGCCACAGAUGUGGACAAAAAUGGAUAUCCAGACUUGAUUGUUGGAGCCUUUGGUGUUGACACAGCUGUUUUGUAUAGGGCUAGACCAGUUAUUAGAGUAAAUGCUGCCCUGGAAGUUAAUCCAACCAUUCUAAACCCAGAAAACAAAGCCUGUUCGCUGUCAGAUGUAAAAGUUUCUUGCUUCAAAGUAAAGUUCUGCUUAAAAGCGGAUGGCAAAGGAAAGCUCCCUAAUUCACUCAAUUUCCAAGUGGAGCUGCUGUUGGAUAAACUUAAGCAGAAAGGAGCUAUAAGGAGAGCUCUCUUUCUCCACAGCAAACAGCCUAGCCACUCGAAGAACAUGACUAUUACAAAGGGGGGCAAAAUGAAUUGUGAAGAACUUGAUGCCUUUUUGAGGGAUGAAUCUGAAUUUAGAGACAAACUAACUCCCAUUACUAUUUUUAUGGAAUAUCGUCUGGAUUACAGAACAGCUGCAGAUGCAACAGGAUUGCACCCUAUCCUCAACCAGUUCACUCCUGCUAAUAUGAGCAGACAGGCACAUAUUCUGCUGGAUUGUGGUGAUGAUAAUAUCUGCAAACCAAAGCUGGAGGUUUCAGUAGAAAGUGAUCAGAAGCAGAUCUAUAUUGGUGAUGACAAUCCCUUGACACUAAUGGUCAGUGCUCAGAAUCAAGGGGAAGGGGCCUAUGAAGCAGAACUCUUCGUCAUCGUUCCGCCCCAAGCAGAUUUCAUUGGUGUUGUUCGUAACAACGAGGCUUUAGCAAGGCUGUCAUGCGCAUUUAAAACAGAGAAUCAAACUCGCAUGGUAGUUUGUGACCUGGGAAAUCCCAUGAAAGCAGGAACUAAGCUAUUAGCUGGCCUGCGUUUCAGCGUGCACCAGCAGUCUGAAAUGGAUACCUCUGUGAAGUUUGACUUGCAAAUCCGAAGUUCCAACCUGUAUGACAAUCUAAGUCCAGUAGCAUUCUAUCAGGCUGACCUUGCUAUUUUAGCAGCUGUUGAAAUUAGAGGUGUGUCGUCUCCUGAUCACAUAUUCCUUCCUAUUGCAAAUUGGCAGCCGAAGGAGAAUCCGGAAACAGAAGAUGAUAUUGGGCCUCUAGUUCAGCAUAUCUAUGAGCUGAGAAACAAUGGUCCAAGUGCAUUCAGCAAGGUGAUGAUGACUCUGCAGUGGCCUUACAAAUACAAAAACUACACACUGUUGUAUAUUGUUCAGUAUGAAAUUGAUGGUCCCAUGAACUGCACUUCUGAUAUGGAAAUCAAUCCAUUGAAAAUUAAGAUUUCUGCUUCUAAAGAUGAUGAUAAGAAUGAAACACUUAGCAGGGAAGAUAAUCGUGAUCAUCGUAUCAGUCGAAGAGAUAUAACUGCCAUUGAAGGAGACGUGCAUACUUUGGGCUGUGGAACUGCUGAUUGUUUAAAGAUAGUCUGUCAAGUUGGCCACCUGGAAAGAGGAAAGAGUGCAAUAUUGUAUUUAAAAUCACGCCUUUGGACCCAAACUUUCAUGAAUAAAGAAAAUCAGAAUCACUCCUAUUCUCUCAAAUCAUCUGCUUCUUUCAAUGUUAUAGAGUUCCCUUAUAAGAACCUUUCCUUUGAAGAUAUCCACAAUUCUACAGUAGUUACUACAAAUAUUACAUGGGGCAUUCAACCACAGCCUAUGCCUGUGCCAGUGUGGGUUAUAAUUUUGGCUGUCCUAGCAGGAUUAUUGCUCUUGGCUGUUCUAGUGUUCGUUAUGUACAGGAUGGGCUUUUUCAAACGUGUGAGACCACCUCAGGAAGAACAAGAGAGAGAACAACUGCAACCACAUGAGAAUGGGGAAGGAACAUCAGAAGCUUAAGCAGAGUUUUAUCUGUAAGACAUUCUGGAAUUUUAAAAUGCCUACAUCUUGGUUACGAAUAUUGGUUUCCCCCUUAAGGAAAAAACACUCAUGACUGCAAAGCUGCUGGUCUUGGAAGGUAUCAGCAUGUACAAAAUAAGAGCAAUAUAUUUAAAUCCUCCUUUUUGUAUUAAUUAUGUUCAUAUAGGUGACUAAUGCAUCUGCACUGAUUUGAGUGUGAAAAAAAUUAAGUAAUAUGUAGUGUUACGAUUUUGCUUAUUGGGAUGUAGGAGACAUCUUUUUUGAUUCACGGACCAACUUUACAUGAAUUACUACACAGAUUCUCCAUUUGCUCUUGAAGCCAACAGCUUCCAUAGAUACUUUCUGGAUUACACGUUUAGUUUUGAUUGAUUUUUGUUGGAGUACACUACAUUUCAUUUCCUAGCUCUUGAAAGCUAGUUGCACAAAAAAAUGAACAUAGCUUGUUUUACAAAACUGAAGAAUAUUCUUUGACCCAUUAACUCUGCUGAUGAUUUUCCUCCUGCUCAAAAAAUACGAGAGAGAUUAUUCAGUGGAAUCAUGCACAUCUGAUACCUAUUCUGCAUGCCUGUUCCCCUUCCUGCUCAGUCAUCUGUCUUGUGGUUUCCCCCUAGACUUUACAAAUAUUUGUUCUCCAGGUCCUAGGUCUCUUACUGUAGGGACUGAGCAUACAGAAACAGAAGUGAGCGGUAGAAAGCUGGGGAUGAUGUACUUUCUAUGGGACCUAGUGAAAAGAUUCAGGGCAAGAUCCAGACACUCUGCUGUGUGUUUCCACAGAGCAGGAUCCAGGUGUUCCACAGAAUUCUUGGCAGCAUGGAUCCAUUCAGGUACUGCCAGGGACAAGAUGUUGGACUGUGGCUGCCAACAGACAUGUCUGAUGAGAAAACCCAUAGACUUUACGUUCACAAGUCAAACCUCCACAGGGUUUGAAGUCUGUACAUCACUCAGGUUGAAUUUCAGCUUCUGGCAAAACAAUGGAGGGAAUACUUUGUGACAGGUUACCUGAUGCACUGUAAGGAAGCUGUUGUUAAAUCUCAGAUUCUGUGGUUGACCAUGUCCAAGUGCAGGAUGGAGUAAUAUAGGGACUGUUUAAACUAGAUGAUCUGCCAGCCAAAUGUAUCUAGAUUACAUCAGUACUUUAGCCACACUCACGCCUGUCUUGCCACCUGCCCUGAGAGAACAGUGAGCUUGUCAAAUGAAGCAGAGUAUAGCUGGCAAUGCGAAAGGGUUUGAAAAGAGAAGGUUGAUUUGGCUUGUUUCGUUUCAUUGUUUCAUUCAUUGUACAUUUCAUUGCACAAAAGACAUUUCACUGCACAAGACAUUUCAUUAUGUUCGAUACAUUUCAUUACCAGAAAAGACACUAAAUAUUUUGUUUCAUUGUUGUUUUUUAAACAUACCAGAAGUUCAGUGGUUUAAAGCCAUGAGUUUACGUCAUUCUUAGCUUAUUUCCCUCAGCAUUGGUGUGGUAAAACGAAGCUGCUUAUACUUAGGAGAGAACACAAAAACAUUGUCUAUAUGCAUUUCAGUAGACAUGUAACUGCAGAUCAGGAGGUUGUUUGGCUUGCAACCAUGCGUAGCUGUGUUGCACAAAUCUUAAGAGUGGAUGUACUUAAACUAUUACAAAGGUGCCUUAUAUGAGAUUUGUUUAUUCUCUAUUCCAAAAAGGGAAUAAAUUACAUUAUAAACUCCCUGUAUGCAGCCACAUACAGAAAGGAAGACUUCUACUGUAAUUAUACCAGUGAGAUUUCUAUGUAGAAGACAAGGUCUUAAAAGGACAAAAACUCUGGUUUGGUUUGGUUUUGUAUCUUGGGGUUUUUGUUCAAAGCUGCAUCUCCCCCACAAAUACUGCAAUGCCCAGUAAACCCAGAAUUAUCUGAAAUCAACAGUUUGAUUCAACUCUCAUUUCUGCGUCCUUUCUGAGAUUUAAAAUCCACAAAUGGCUUUUGUUAAGUGCAUUCUUACUCACUGAACCGUGAUGGCAUUUGAGUCAUUAAGAGAGACAUCAUAAGGUCUGUGGGGGCCAGUAUGUAUAUCGGAUAUAGGCUUGCAUAUUUAUCCAUUUACAUGUUUUUGUUUUAGACAAUUUGUUUAGAAAUAAUCAGUUUAUAUGAGAGGGUAUAGGGCAUAAUUCAGUUUUCACUGAAUUUUCAAGGUCUUCAGUGUGGCCAAUGUUUUAUUUUUGUCUUUACUUCUAGUAUUGUUACUAGUAAUAUAGUAAAGAAUUAGGAGUCAGGCUUUGAUCCUGGCCUCAAAAUGUGACUUUUAUAAAACACAAUUUCAGUUACUUACAUAGGCUUCUAGUUCACACAGUUUGUCAACUGAUUAUCUAUAUGCAAGGAGAUUGUUUUUACCCAGUCUUAAUCUCAGUAGGUUAAGAGGUUUAAGAGACUGUCAGACAGAUUAUAGCUCUAAUUCUUACAUGUGUGCUUUCAUUACAUGUACACACCGUGUUGACUUGAAAUUUAUUAGACUACUUGCAUGUCUAGGCAUUAUAAGGAGAUGAAAAUAAAAAAAAGAAGGCACGAUCAAGGUCUCUUCAGCUCACAUGAAAGGGAUACUGUAGCGUUAUUAAUAUCAGUGCUAACUGCAUCUUAAUUUUACUGUGGCAACUGGAAACACUUAUUUUGCUGAUUUUCAGGAUAAAAAGGUACAUUUUAUUGGUAGAACUACUGAAGUUAUGGAAAGUUUCUUCCAUUUAUUGAAAUUACAUAAAGUAAGACUUAUUUAAGUGAUUUUUAUUUUCUUGCAUUCUACUGGAGAAUAAAAGCAAAUAGUUGCUUCUCUCAUGUCCACUGAUUUCCAGUUUGGUUAAAAAAACCCCAGUAGCAUAUGUAAAUGGAGUACACAGGUUACUUAGUGAACAUAGAUUUAACACCCCAGAUUCAGUUUAAAGUUACAUUUGUGUUUCAGGAUUCUGAACAGGAUGUUUUCCUGAAUGGGGGUGCAGGAAACAUUUGAUAUCACAUUCUAGAUUCAGCAAUAAGAUUACAGACUAUAUAUGUACUUGUGUCAGUAUAAAUUUCAUACUGACUUACAGGCACUGAUGUAUUCUUAUAGCAAAUAUUGUAGAAUGAUGUUACAACUUUUAAAGAAACUUCAUAAAAAAUGUAUUUUGGAAUGAAAUUAAUGCCCUUGAGUCAAAAUUGAUGUGCAUAAGAUGCAUACUACAAGCAUUAAAACAAUACAAGUACAGGAACAGAGCAUUAGUCCUCUUUUGAGAGUUAUGUUGCAGAAGCAUAUUUUUUAUGAAAAUAAAAUCAACAGCUAUGUAAUUAUUUAGACAAUGAAAACAUUUUAAAAGAGCUAUAUCUUUUAUAAUGAAAUAGGAAAUUCUGUAAGUACUCCAGUUUGCAAUUAUUGCAGCAUCUCAUGAUCAAUAUUAAAAAGUGAUUUGUAUUACAAAAUGCAUAUUAUCUAUUACUAUAUUUGACAAUAUUUAGAAAACGUCAAGCAAGGAACCUAAUUUAUAGGUUUACAUUUCUUUCAAGAAACUACCAAAUUGUGGAGAUAGCUUUUGUUUAAGCAUGACUGCAAAGUCAAAUAUGGGAUACAUUUAUCAACAUAAGUUGAAAUCUUUGAGGAAAUGUUUGCAGAUAUCAGUAUCAAGUUUAUAAUUUUAUUUGUCCCAUUUUCUGUUUUAAUUUUUGAUUUACACGUUGAUCUUUGAGUCACAUAAUGCUUGUGGAAACUUUAAGAAACUUUAUUAUAUAUGCUCUUUCUUUAUAAAACAUUUAUUCCAAGCAAAGAUUUUUAAUAUUUAGUUGUUUCUAAACUUGUGUCCAUGCUUAAAUAGUCUUUAAGGUAAACUCACGGGUAUUUUGAAAAUAUUUCAGUUAUAAUCAGCGUGUUCUUGGUGAUUUGAAGGAUUCAUGUUGCACUUAGAUUUUUGCAACAUGCGGAUUUGCGGUUAGUUACCCUGGCAUAGGCCCUGUAGUAUUUUUUCCUACACCCUCACAAAUAGUCACAGAGCAGCAGUACCCUGGUGAAAAUCCAGUCAGUUUUUGUCUUCGGUCCAGACUAAGACCUAUUCCACAGUCUAAUGAAGUCACAGGAAACCUGACAUUCAUUGCAACUGGCUUUGAACGUGACCCUUUGUGUUCAAUGCUACUGGCUGUUAAUGGGAAAAAAAAAAAUAAAUAGGAUUUCAUAAAAGGAAAGUGGAAAUCCAAAAAAUAAAAAGGUGGUGGCAGACCACAGAUGAGCCUUACAGCAAAGAGAUGAUUUUGUUUGUUUGUUUGUCUGUUUCUGAGAUGGGAAGAACGCAUUAGUUCUCUGUUGGCAGUGGCCUCCUAUAACAAACAAAUCCCACAGUUUGGAUUGUGAUUAUAUGCUGAGCUCUAAUAACUCUCAUUGACUUGAGUGGGAUCUGAACUCUUUGGUACUGAAUCUCUAGCUUCUAAUUCCCAAGUGCAAUAUAACGUGAUCAGAUCUAGUUCACUGCCAAGUCGUCUGUUUAUUUUUGUUUGCCUAAGAAGGGAUGUAGCAUUUGUUGACUUGCAGCGGUCAAUAUUUUUAAAGACAUUAAUGGAACCAGUGUGUUAAAUUGAGGUGAUAAAUGAAUGGUAUAGAAAGCUUUUCAUCACCCACAUUGGGUGAAACAUGAUGUAUAUUCUAAAGUGUAUCCAUUACUAACUCUUGAGUUAUUGAGAAUUGGUACAAUAUUCUUUAAGUCCACUGUGGAAAAUUUGACUAGAGACUAUACAAUAAUGGGUUUGAGUCUGUAGUGCUACUACUGUUUCAUGUGAUUAUGGUAUUUAGUAUUUCGGUCUAUUUUUUUCCAGUGUGUAGAAUUUUAAUGUAACACAGGAAGUCUAACCUUUCAUGCAAUGACCUUCUCCAAAUACACUGCAUUAAGGUUGAAUAACUUGACCCUUGGCUUUUGCAAAGUAAAUGAAGACUUAAUGUAGCAUUUGAAUGUUCAAAAAACUUUUACAGGUUUAGGUGGCCCUUUCUAGUCCAUGAAGGAAACCUGUAUUUGCUAUGAUACAAAUAUGUUGAAAAUGUAACAUUUUAUUUCUUCGUAACAGAAUUUUUUUGCCUUUUUUGUUUUUGCUUGGGCAUUAAAUCAGUAGAGCAUUGUUUGCACAAGCAGAAAAUUAACAUACUAACGAGAGUGCUACAUUUUGGGUUUCUUAGUCAUGUAGUAAAUACUUGUAACAAAUGGGAAUAUUUUCAGUAAUGAGAAACUUGUUGCAAAGGUCUUCGGUACAUUUAAGGAGAGCAAUAUACAUUUGAAGUCACCUUAUUUUUAUUAAAUUAUAAAUCUUGCAAAAAAAGUGGGUAUUGUGGCACAGUAAUUUUGUACUGAUAGCAAAUAUAUAGCUGUUAAGCUAUGGUUUUCUUUUCAACUCAUUCUUUUCAUCCUAAUUCAAAUUUGAUUGAUUUUAUUAGGUUGUAUUUUUAUACAUAUAUAUACACAAUUUCAAAAUAUUAUGAUUGGAUAAACUGAAAAAUGUAAGUAUUGAGUUGAUUCUGAUAUUUAGAAUUUUGGAAUAAAAUACCUCUUAAUU